AAUAGAAACUAAUGGAGCAUUCUGAACCAACGUAUGCCAUUGAGAAAGAGAAGGUCUGGAGAAGCACCCUCGAACAGGAAAGCUACGAAUUUGCAGACGUCCAGCCUGCCAUCAAGGAGAUGACACAUGAUCAGAUUAAGAAGGACAAGGAAGAAAGCAAGAUUGAUCUGUCAGAAGCCAAUGUUUUUAAGAGUUUCCCUGUUUCCACCAUGAAAUGGGUCACCAAUAAGUUGUACUAUAUAGAUAACAAAUUUUACACCCUUAUUGACUAUGAAAAGAGCGAGGAUGGAAAAAUUAUUAGUUGCAAGUUACUUAGUCACAAAGGGAAGGAUGAAAAAGUACUGACUGAUCCAGACGAAAUAUCUUUGCUUAGGGAUUACAUAAACAUCAAUCUCAGAAUAUACUCAGAAACUGGAUCUGGACAGAUGGCCUCUGUUCCUAUUAAGCUUCAGAAUAAGCUUUCUACUGAGCUUGGAGAACAUGUAGAGGCUAUCACAGGAAUGUCCUUUGGUCUAUUCAAGUUUUUCCGUGGAUCUACCAUCAUUGAUGGUGAUAAAUUUUUAAGUUCUUAUCAAGAUAUUGAAGAAGAUAUGGAAAUCAUUGGAGCAGCAGGAUUUUCAAAACCUUAUAAGUUUAUGAGAUUUAAGAGUACAUACGAGUGGCCUCAUUGGGGUUAUAACAGAAGUACAGUUGAUGCAGCUUGCUGGAUUCCUAAUAAGAACGUUAUCUUAUAUGGCUUUAGCGUCUACGCUGCCUGUGAACCUCAAUUUAAUCUUUCUUUCAAAGUUUAUAUCAACGAUACUGUAGUAGAGGAAGGAGAAAUGACUUGUUCAGAUUAUGAAGACAAGUACUUCUGCAGGAUUAUUCUGAAGAAGUUCCACUCUGUUAAGGCUAACUCGAAGUUGGAGAUCACCGCUCAGUUGACGAGAGUUGGCAGUUCUGAUAGUUAUCUUGAUUUUUACUAUGGAGAGCAAGGAAGUAUGUGGAGAGAGGUAGAGAAUGAUCACAUGGACCUAUGGACAGUCGAGUCCUCCUCGAAGAGCGGCAGUUCGAGUAUUAGUUACGGAAAUUUCCCAGAGAUUAUGUAUUAUGUAUAAGAUGUU